ACUGGAAUAUCCCGAAGUCGGAGCGAUACAUGUCCGUUCUAACUGGCAAAUGGUCCGUGCAGCGACGGCGGCAGCAGGCUAGUUCAGUCUCUUGCCUUAAAUGGCCGCGUGCGGCAGACAAAAGCGCAUGAAAAAUUCAUUGGGAGGCGUCGGAACCGAAAGUUUAUCGUCAGGAUAGCGACAACAACAAGGACCACGGCACUACUAUAGCGCAUAUAGUAUAACGAGUGCUAGUCCUAAGCGUCUGUCGUUAGGUGUAACGAGUCAACAUGCAAAUUGCCUGCGCCGGACCCGCAGUCGAAUCCAGGACCAGAAUCCUUGCCAGGCAUCCUCAUCAUCAGCGACAUCAUCAUCAUUGGAGGCAGUGGAACGCAAACGCACCGUAGAGCCAGCAGGGCGCAAUAAAAAUUGCCUAUAAAUGGGCGGAAGUGCCAGAGGCGUGGGCUGGAGGGGCGUGGUCCUGGAGCAGGAUGUACGCACAAGGACGCCCCAGGGGGAGCGGCAGAGGGGGGUCGCUGGCAAACAGCAGCACAACAGCGCCCAGCUUCCGCUUAGGAUGCGCUCGAACGGAAGUUAUUUUGGCCGCCUGAACGUGAGCGCGCUGCUCAUCUACUUGUGGUGCUAUCUGCUCCUGGUUAUGGCGGCAUCUGGCGGCAGCAACCACGUGGUGAAUGGGCUCAAAUGCUACUGCAAUCCGAAGGAGUGCGACGUGAUCCGCUCGCCCGACUGCCCCGGAAAGGGACUUAUGCUUUGGGAUCCCUGCAAAUGCUGCCGCAUAUGCGCCAAAACCUUGGGCGAAUCCUGCGGCGGUCCGGGCGGAUUUUCCGGUCAAUGUGAGCCGCCCUUGCAGUGUGUGACCAAGCUGCCCAUUAGCAGCGGAUUGGGCGUGUGCAUGGAUUUGCAGCACCUGACCGCCCUGACCUACAGUCAGCACGAUAAUUGUUCCGACAGCGACUCGAUUGUUUUGGAGCCGGGCUGCGAGAUAACCAACAAACGCUGCCAGUGCUGGCCAACUAUGCGCACCUGUCUCAGCGAACUGACCAGCGAUGGGGGAUCCCCCGACGAUUCCCGCUGGCACUUCAAGAACCUGGAGGACUGCCAGUUGAACUUGCAAAAUCUAAUAAAACUCGAACAGGAAUUCGAUGAAGACUACAAAAUCUCACCGAGCAAAUUCACAUACAAAAAACUGCGCAGAAAGCGAAAGUCUCUAAAGAAGCGAAUCAUCAUCUUGAAGGAUUGAGGCUUGAAUGCGCCAUUGCCAUUUUCCCAGCUCUCAGCUCUUAACUCAAUGAAACUAAAUGAGGAAUCUCUGUACAGAUAGUAUGCUUACUUCUAACUAAUUAUAUGGCUAUUAUAUAUAACGUACAUAUAUAACUACAGAUACAUAUACAAGAGGAAAAGUACAUAUGAGAAAUAGACAAAAUGUAUGCAUCCUAAGACAUUUGUUACUUUAUUGUUUUUAGAAAGCGCGUACGUACAUAUGUAUAAAUUUGCAAUUUUUAUUCCUACCGCCCCCGAAAAGAAAAUAUACAAAACAAUAAAUGGAAAACAUUUACAAAAUGUUAUUGCUUUAAAUAAUAACAAUUACAAAAUGUGCAAAGUGUUGGAAUAUUCCAUAGGCCUAAGUCAAGCCAUUCAAUAAACAAUAAAGCCGAAUGACAAAUUUUGCUAACUGGAACAGCAUCGAAAAUAUAUAAGUGGUCAGAAAAUAAA